AUGACUCGGAGGUGUUCCAAAACUAGAAAGGAAAUCUUCAGGCUGAAUCAGAUUUUGAUUAUAAUAAAAUGGAGAACAUUCCACUUCUCUUUGAAUUCAACUUUGAAUUCAAUAGAAAGCUAUGUGCCCGUAAUAAAUGCUAGUAAUCACUAUCCUGUUAAAGCAGGCAAAGGGCAUAUAUUUUUAUACAAGAUACAAAGUAAAUUUGUCAAAGUUCCUGAUGCAAUUCAAAUUAGGAAUACAUAUAACCUUAAUUCAAACCACUGCACGUCUUUCUGUGAUAUACCUAUAAUUAAUACAUAUUAUCCUAUUCAAUAUACUAUUAUUUGUGAUGAAAACCGAUUACCAGUGGAAGCUGAUGACAAACAUUUAUUACUGGUUGAAAAGGCAUCAGGAAAAACUUUCAGAGUUGCGGAUUCCCCAAAUGUUCGCAAAUUUUACAAUCUGCAGUAUUCUUCUGUUAAAAAUGUUAAAAAUCAAAUGCAACCAUCUACUUUAAUCGUCAAAGAGUUGCAGCAGCCCUCGUCGACUAUGACAAAUCAGGCAGAACAUUCUAUUUUGCUUAAUAAACAGCUACAGGAAUCAUCAUCUAUUAUGAAAAGUCAGGCACCAUCUUUGACUUUUAAUCUGCUUAAAUUGCCAUCGACUGUAACAAGUUACGUGCAAUCUCGUGCUUCAACGGACAAGCAGUAUUCUCAACCUUCAUUCAUUAGUAAUCCAACAGAAUCCAAUGUUUUGAACACAAAUGAACUGCAACCAUAUGAAACAGUACCUCCACACAAUAAUAAUAAUGCAUCAGGAUCCCAAGUACAAGUAAUACUUUCAAAAACAAAACGCCGGAAAACAAAUGCAGAUACUCCUCGAGAUAUAUAAACUUCUAUUUCUUGUUUAUUGUAAGUGUGAAAAAAGUCAUGUGGCACAUCAAGAUUUUUAAAAUUUUACAUUUUACUUGUAGCUUCGUGGAAGCAUCCUGCGAUUUUAUGUCUCAUUCAUCACUAUAAAGAAAAUAUGCGUGUUAUGAAUAGCAAUUCUAAACGCCAUGAGGAAAUAUGGCAAGAUAUAUCAGAUGUUCUGGCCAAAGAAGGAUAUCAUUUUUCUCACUUGCAGUGCGAGGAUAAGUGGAAGUAUCUUAAGAAAUUAUAUGUAGAGACAGUAGACAAAAAUAAGGAGUCAGGAACUGCUGAGAAUACAUGCCCUUAUUUUAAAGAAUUUCAUGAAAUUUAUGGCUCACAUUCUGUCAAUCCUCCAGCACUUGCUUCCAACCGAACUCUGACAAAUAUGUCUGUUGUACCUGAAAUUAGCUCGGACUCGGAACAAGAAAGUAUACCAAAGAAAAAAA